AUGGCGGACACAGAGCCUGUUCCGGAAGACAUAGAACUGAACCAAGUUCUGCCACAAUUAUCUAAGAGUCUGCUGACAGCUGCAGGUCUGUCAUGUCCCAUGGAUCCAAUAGAGUUUCUGAAGAACACUGUUCUGGCCCUCUACGGACAGGAUUAUGUCCAGGAUGUAGACUGGUACAAGUUUCUUCUGGAUGCAAACCGGUGCACGCCAUCGCCCUCUCUGACUCGCAGGAGUAUGUGCGCCGCCAUCGAUCCAGAAGACGACAUAUUGUUCUUCAGUCUGCUGGAGAAGGCAUACUGCUGCUACAGGAAAAGUCUAACAAGCUCCUGCUUCAGGAACUGGAAGAGUUUCACUGUGCGGAGCAAGAGAGAUGCCGCAGAGGUGUCCCACAAGAUUGAAGUGAGAAGGAAGCAAUUUAAGAGGAGAUGCCUGCAGGAUACAUUCACCAAAUGGUCGAAAUGGGUAAAAUUACACAAGACGUCCCAAGCUGCUGCUGUUGAGAAACUUGAGAGAUUUGUAAACGCCCGUCGCCUUAGACGCAUCAUAGCUGCAUGGAACAUUGUUGCAACGGAGUCAAAGAGAACAAGAGAACACGUCAAGAGGUUGGAUAUGACUUUGGCCGAAAAACGCAACAGAGAAAGACAGACUGGAGAAGAAUGUGACCGACUCUCCAUGCUCCCUCACAGCCUCUCAUUGAAGAUCUUUCAGUAUCUAGAAUUGGGAGACAGGUUGAGUUGCGCUGAGGUUUGUUGUGCAUGGAAAACUAUUCUCCAAACCAGCACACUGUGGAGCCAGAUCAACGUCUCCGUAGAGAAACACUGGAUAACCGACAGCACGAUGAAACAGGUUCUGCAGAACUACCGACCGUUUGUGAUCUAUCUGAACCUGCGAGGCUGCACCUCACUGACAUGGAACAGCUUCAGAUGUAUCAGUGAAUGCAAAAAUCUCCAGGAGCUCAAUGUAUCAGACUGUUUUAAUGUCACAGAUGCGAUGGUUCAGGAUAUUGUGGAGGGCUGCCCCUGCCUGCUCUACCUGAACCUUUCCUGCACACUUGUUACAGACAAUACUCUCAGAGAGCUGUCCAGGAACUGUCUCAACCUUCAGUACCUGAGUCUGGCCUACUGCACCAGAUUCACAGACAAAGGGUUUCUGUACCUGACCACUGGGAAGGGCUGCCACAAUCUCCUCCACCUCAACCUGUCCGGCUGCACUCAGAUUACUGUGAACGGCUUCAAGUCCCUUUCAGCGGGAUGCCCUUCGCUCAGAGAAGUUGUGAUCAAUGACAUGCCCACACUGUCUGAUAACUGUAUCCUGGCACUACUUGCCAGAUGUCGCGGUCUUUGUGCCAUUUCUCUUCUGGAUGCUCAGCAUCUUUCUGACAUCGCCUUCAAAGCCAUCAGCGAAGCAGCCACGCUGAAGAGUUUCAGUACAGAGGGGAACUCCCAGCUCUCAGACGUCAGCUGGAAGGCUCUGUGCAGAGGCUCGCAAGGCCUCCUCAGACUCCACGCCGCAAAAUGUUCUAGAAUGACCGACACCAGCCUCAAGUUCAUGGCCACCCUGAAGAAGCUGCAGUACCUGGACAUCUCCCUUUGCAGCAAGGUGGGUGAUGCUGGGAUCAAAUAUUUGACCGAAGGCUGGUCGGCCAGCAAAUUGCGGGAGCUGAAUGUCAGUCAAUGCAGUCUCAUCACCGACAUGUCUGUCAUGAGGAUCACAGAAAGGAUGAGUAAACUCUCCCACCUCAACUUGAGUUACUGUGCGAAACUGACCGACGCAAGCCUGGAGUGGCUGAGCGGCAGCUCCAUCCGCUCUCUGGACCUCAGAGGUUGCAACAUCCAGGACCAGGGGCUGGCUGCCAUGGAGGAGAUUAACCUGAGGACGUUAGUGCUUGCAGAGUGUGUCAAAAUCACAGAUAAUGGCAUCAAGAUCCUGUGCCAGAACAUGAGAGAUCUGGAACAUGUAGAUGUGUCUUACUGCGUCGCUCUGUCUGACGCAGCCAUUAAGUCCUUCGCAUUCUACUGCAGGAGUCUGUUCACACUGCGGAUGGCAGGCUGUCCAAAGAUGACAGAUAUGUCGAUGGAGUGUCUGACAGGUGGAGCUCAGUACCUGCGAGAGCUGGAUGUGAGCGGCUGCGUGCUUCUCACCGAUCGCUCGCAACGACUCAUAGAGAGGAUCUGUCCCCCGCUGUGCUCCAUCAAGAUGACCUGCUGCAGCAACAUCUCCAAGGCGGCCGCCUUAAGGCUGCGGCCUCGCGUGAAGCACUGGGAGCACAGCAACGACUACUGUCCAUACAAGACUAGACACAACAUGGGCAAAGUUCGGCCUCAAGUAACAAAGCCCAUGAAGACUAUGGACACCUGGGAAGUGGUGGAGCACUCAGUGAUCACCAGAUUAGCGCGUACAGAGAGGAUCUAAACUGAUCUCUGCUAGUGCUUUAGAAAAAGAGUCAAUCAAAUCACAGAGGCAGCACUACAUCAUGUAUUUGUAAUAGAAGUGUUUUCGACAAACGAACAUUAGAGAUAAUUAAAUAUCAGCUUCACCUUUCUGUGAGUGUAUAAUAUCUGUGUGGAGACAAUCUCAGACCCUACAUCUGUCGCCUCCCUGACACAUAAUACUUCAUCAGCUCCUCACAUUGGAAUGUCCUGCACUGAUUUGAGUUUCAUUCUGCAGAUGAGAGUUUGUUUCCACACAAAUACUUUCACAUUAACUUUGACCCUUGUAGGCUUUUCUAUGUUUGACUGUUUUUCUCUCAGAAUCCCUUUUCCUUAUACAGCUAAUUUAUUUUGUACUCAUGGGAUUCUUGUGCUCCACAUUUAUUUAGUUCAGCCAGCCAUCAUAAAUCUGCCAAGACCCAAUUGUAACAACUAACUAGAAGUUAAAAAAAAAUGCCUAAUUUUAGCUUAAUUUUCAAUGUAUACCUUAGCUGGUAUUGAUCUGUGGCAGUCUAACCAUAUUGGAUUCCAGAUUGACAAACUUAAUAUAAAAUGCUCUUGCUCUUAUCUCUUGUUAAAAGAAACAGUUUUAGAUGACACAGAUACAAUCUACAGUUGAGCUGUAGACACAGUUCUGAAGAAGACUAGAUGCUGUUAACCAAUGAGAACUAAUGAUUUAUCACAGAUGAUGUGGAUGCAGUGUGGUGUAGACACUGCAGGGACAGGGUAGCCGGCCCUAUUUAGCAGCAAAGACAUGACUUUUUUAUAAUAAUUUGUGUAGCUUUAUACUUUGUUGUGGCAAAGCUUUAUCAUUGAUAAUACGUUAAACCAAAUGAAGCACUUUAAAUUUGGACUCUUGAAACCAGAUAAAAUGUCGGCACUCAUUAAAUAUUUUUCAAAUUUGUAUAGUUUGUCAAGCGAAUGUGCUGAAGAG